AUGGCUGAGCAAUAUUUAUCUAGCUCAACUGAUGUUCCGUCCGCGCUGCGUGUAAAUAAAGAAUCGAACUCACUGGACACUCCUGAUGUUAAUUAUCUUAUUUGUCGUUCUCUGUCAAACAAACUGAAUGUGAGCGCUAUGACAUCAGCACCAUCAAUAAAUUCAACAUUGUCAGCAGCAUCAUCGACAGGUUCACUGACGAUUUAUUGUAUUGAGACAGGCUCCAUUGCACAAUCGAUUCGUCGUCGACAGUCACUAACUAAUACACCAGUACUAUCUAAUAAUAUUGAGAUUACGGCGACUUCCGCCGCUGAAGGUCGUCUACUCAACGAUAAUGAUAAGUUACAAGAACUACUGACAGAUGCUGAAAAGACAGCUACUGUAAGUGAUGGUGAUAAUGUUUCGUUUGAUGAUGAUGAUGAAACAAUCAUUGACUAUUUACUCUAUCCACAAUCAUUUCCAACGCCACCCAACUAUGUUAGUUCGCCGUGCCCUAUUUGUUUGGAACAAGCAGUAUUACAAGUAUCUCCAUGCUGUUAUUUUCUUUGUUGUAAUAGUUGUUGGCGAGCACAUAUAUCAUCGGCAAUAGGUGAUGGUCGAAUUAAAAUUCCGUGUGUAUCGAAUGAAUGCAACAAAUAUUUAACAAGGGAAUCGAUAGUAAAUUUUGUACGAUACGAUCCUCCAUUACACGAACGUUAUCUGAAGUUAUAUUUAAAUGCUAAUCAAAAUCCACGCGCUAAGACAUGUCCUCGCUGUUGUCAUCUGUAUUCUUUGGAUACCACGAAAUCUAUUCCGUUGGAAAAAACUAAAAAAACUAAAAAAGAAAAUAAUAAGAAAAUUCCCAAACAAGUUCAAUGUUCCGAGUGUUCGCUUGUCUGGUGUUUUCGUUGUUCAGCACCUUGGCACGAAAAUUUAACAUGUAAACAAUUUAUUAAAGGCGAUAGACUUUUAUUAAAAUGGAUCAAUCAAAAAAAUGAAGAACAAUGGAAUGCAAGAAAAUGUCCAAAAUGUUCUUCACUUAUACAACGAGCUGGAGGUUGUCCUCAUAUGACAUGCCAAUCGUGUUCAUGUGAAUUUUGUUAUCUAUGUGGGCGACGCUAUAAUCAAAUUCCAUUUAUUGGUCAACAUAGUAACAGAUUCAGUAUGUUCGGAUGUCCGUACAAUUUUUAUCCUGAAAAACCAUGGCUUCGUCGUACGAUUCGUGGUAUGAUUGCAACUGGUGUUGUUGUUGCUUCACCAAUUAUUGUUGCUGGUGCUGUAACGGCAGCUAUAACUGUUUUACCACCAUUCGGAGUCUAUCGACUUGUUAGACAUGCACGUGCUCGUCGUCGAGCAAAUGCAGCAGCAAACUAUCCUAUUGGUACGCCAUUUUUAAUUGAACCGGAUCUUGAUGAUCCGCCAGUAUUACCUCCUACUACAUUUCAAUUUGAUUUACAUGGUGAUUUUGGUUCUGUUAAUAUUAUGCGUGCUUUAAGACAACAAAUGGGAGGAUUAUCUAUUGCACAAAUCUUAGAUGAAGAAUAUAUUGCAAGGAGUGAAAAUGACGUUGAUGCAGAUUUUCCAUUAUCCGUUUUUGCUGACAUGAAUGUUGAACAAUUAAUUGCUCAUGAUGAUGAUAAAGACGAAUCGAAUAAUUCUCCAUCCGGUUUUCGUACAUGUCCAACAACGCCAGCGUCAGCUGUACGAAAAGGUCUCAGUCGAAGUUUGCAUAAUUUAACAGUGACUUAUCCUUCAUCUAUCAAUCGUCAUCAUUCGAUGACUGCUGAACAUUAA